GAAUCGAAACGAAACCAAUCAAAUGAAAAAGAGAAAAGUUAUUGAAAGGUUGAUGUUCUAGUUUUGUUGUUUGUUGCUAUUGACUUGAAUUGCAGUGUUACGAUUUAGUUCCAAAUCAGUAUAAUCAAUAAAUUCGGGCCGAUGUGUGCUGAAUCAUUUAAGAAUUCUCAGAAUGGGCUUUGAAAUAAAAAGGUUUCAAGGUGACGUUGAUGAGGAGCUGAUUUGCCCUAUUUGCUCGGGGGUUCUCGAGGAUCCUUUGCAGGCGCCAGCCUGCGAGCACGCAUUUUGUCGCGCGUGUAUUACAGAGUGGAUCAGCCGCCAGCCGACGUGCCCGGUGGACCGCCAGGCUGUCACCGCCAGCCAGUUGCGACCAGUUCCGCGAAUACUACGUAACCUGCUGUCCAGGUUGUGCACAAGUUGCGACAAUGCCCCUCAUGGUUGCAACUCUGUGCUAAAGCUGGACUCCCUGGCGUCCCACUUAGUUGAAUGUGAAUACAACCCUAAGCGACCAAUGCCAUGCGAGGCCGGCUGCGGCCUCGUGAUACCGAAGGACGAGCUGCAGGAGCACAACUGCGUGCGGGAGCUGCGAGCACUCAUCGCCACGCAGCAGGGCAAGCUCACAGACUUCCAACAAGAGUUAGCGGAACAAAGACUGGUCAUCAAUGAGCAUAAGAGGGAACUCGCGCUUUUGAAGGAGUUCAUGCGCGCGAUGCGCGUGUCGAACCCGGCGAUGCGGGUGCUGGCGGACCAGAUGGAGCAGGAGGAGGUGCUGCGCUGGGCCAACUCGCUGGCGCGCGCGCGCGUCACGCGCUGGGGCGGCAUGAUCUCCACGCCCGACGACGUGCUGCAGAUGAUGAUAAAGCGAAGCCUGUCAGAGUCGGGCUGCCCGCCGCACAUCAUCGACGAGCUCAUGGAGAACUGCCACGAGCGCCGCUGGCCGCCCGGCCUGUCCUCGCUGGAGACCCGGCAGAACAAUAGAAGAUUAUACGAGAAAUACGUGUGCAAGCGUGUGCCGGGCAAGCAGGCGGUGCUGGUGCUGCAGUGCGACAACACGCACGUCGACGAGCACAUGAUGAUCGAGCCCGGCCUCGUCAUGAUUUUCGCGCACGGCAUAGAGUAACGUGACGAGAAACUCAAGCCAAUCUCGAUGCCACACUUAGGCUCUAUGAGGUUAGAAAUUC